CAGCGGUGGCGACGGCGGCGGCGGUGGACAGACGAUCGGUGGUGGUUCGCGUUCGUUCCGCGAGUGAGUGCACAGUGUGUACGGUAGAGAACGGAAGGUGUGCACGUACAAGUAACGGAGAGCUGUGGUGGUUGCGCGUUUUCGUCUCCCGUGCCGCGGGGGCUGCCCUUCGCGAGAAUCCGCGUCACGCAUGGCACCGCUCCGUGCCUGAGACGCCUUUUUCACGGAGACAGAGAGAGCGAGAUCGCGCGCGACCGGGGCCCCAGCCUCUUCGCGUGCCUCGUCUCGUUUUGCCGUUUACGAGCGCCGAGGAGACCGAGUCGCGACCGAGCCGACAGAAUGACCAGCCAAGAGACGCGCGAUCAAGGGAUCAGCAACGUAGAGACCGAGUACCUCGAGAUCAACUCGAAAGAAGCCUGGUCGAUCCUCUAUCAGCAUAUACGUAACGAAUGCAGCAAUUUUAUAUACACAUGCAAUGAAUCGAGGAAGCCCCAGAACAAAAAUUUAAACCGGUAUAGAGAUGUUGCGCCGUACGACCAUAGCAGGAUUGUCCUUGAAAGGGGACCGUGCGAUUACAUCAAUGCCAACCUCAUACGGGUAGAUCGUGCCCACAGACAAUACAUACUUACUCAAGGACCCUUGGAGAAUACUGCUGGCCACUUUUGGUUAAUGGUAUGGGAGCAAAAUUCUAAAGCUGUGUUAAUGUUAAAUAAAGUAAUCGAGAAGAAUCAAGUUAAGUGUUAUCAGUAUUGGCCUCUCGGUGAUUCGUUGGAUCAUACUAUGACGUUUGUGGAUGUUGGUAUAAAUGUAGAAUAUGUCAGCAAAACGGAAUCAUCGGAUUACACGACUAGAAUAUUAAAAUUAACUGAUUUGGAAACAAAGGAAAGUAGAGAAAUACUGCAUUUUCACUAUACUACUUGGCCAGAUUUUGGAGUGCCGCAAAGCCCAACAGCUUUUCUGCGUUUUUUGGCAGACGUUAGGCAGUCGGGGGCAUUAGACCAAAAUGUUGGCCCCCCUGUUGUUCAUUGCUCUGCUGGUAUUGGAAGGUCCGGGACAUUUUGUUUAGUCGACACAUGCCUUGUUUUGAUCGAAGAAAGCGGAUUGAAUUCCGUAAACGUUAGAGACGUGUUGAUCGAAAUGAGAAGAUCCAGAAUGGGUUUAAUUCAGACACCGGAUCAACUAAAAUUUUCAUACGCUGCUAUCAUUGAAGGAGCAAAACAAUUGCCAUCCAACAACGUGAACGUCGAUAAUGAGAUAGUAACAAAUCAUUAUGACGUGGUAAAUAAUAUUAGUCAUUCUUCGAUCGAAGAAGAAGACGAACCGCCUCCGUUGCCUCCUCCAAGAGGCGAAUCUUUAACGCGUAGUAUGAUGGCGGAUUUAACUUCGAACGCAACAACAAAGAACGAUGAAUUAGGUGGACCACCCGAUAAACCAUUGCCCAGAGAACCAUCGGCUCCCACAGAAACGUCCACCAGCCCACCUCCGGCAAACUCAACAAAAAUCACAAACAAUUUACACGAAAAGAGUUCCGAUGGUGUUGCAGUGCCUAAUGAAACUACCAGUGACGGCGAAAACUCUUUACAGACAGUUAGUCCUCCGUCCAGUCCAGAUACGAAAAACGAAGUUCGUCAGCGUAACAGAGAAAAGAAGGAACGUUUGGCAGCACAAGUACGAGAGAUGAAACGUCGACAAAAGGAGACAGAAGAAUGGCAGAAGCUCAAGAGGUCAUUAUUUAAGCCCCUUUCAAUAGGCAUAGGCGCCGCAAUUGUUGGUGGGGGUAUUCUAGCAAUCUGUGGCUAUUUGUAUACGCGUGGUUAGGGACAGACUUGUUUCUAGUUGUCAGUGAUACCUAGGUGAUUCGCACAUUCAAGAAUAGUUACUUUCACCACGAGAUAUUUAACAGUUCCAUUUGCACGUGUCAUCGAUUACUGUCAGGAAUGAGUAAUUAAUCAGGGAGAAGCAUUUCGGCAUUACAUAAUUGGAAACAGACCACGGUCGCGAGGAUACGUUUUUAUCGAGAAAGUAACUUGGGUUAGCAGAAGGUGUGACCGGUUAUCAAAGGAAUGUUAAAAGAGAAGUAACUUAUUCUGAGGAAGUGCAUUUUGUAAAGGACAUUGUUGCAUGGUAGAGAAGCUAAAGAAAGAUCGAAAAAAAUCGAUGAUAGAAGGUGAACGAAGGAGAAGGGGGAGAUCUUCAAUUUGUAUUUUUAUAUUGUGAUUUACUCAAUGAGUACGUAGAAUAUUAGAAAGUAUACAUUCUUUUGAAGAUCCUUUCAUUAGGUUCCCUUGAGAGUCGCAGUUUUUGAAGCGAGUAGAGUAUUUCGUAUUUCGUGUUUCCAAUUAUGAUGGUGGAGUAAGAGGUGCAUUGAGUCAGAUUCAUUUUUCUCGUUUUAAUUAUAAAUGUGGAAUAUGUUGAUUUUAUGCGUUUCGUAGGAAUAAUUAUAUACAAUGCGCGAAUUAAGAAGAACACGAUGCACGCGUAAGUGUCUAAAAACAGCGAUGAGUCAAUGCCUUCUUAUUCGUACAUUGUAACGUCUGUAAGCUCAUAUACGAUACACAUUACACGAAGUGGGUGCACGACGUUUCAGUAAGUAAACUCGAUUGUUUACCUUCCACUACAGAGGCAGACGCAAGUAUUAAUUCACCACAUUUAUUUUUUUUUUUUUUUUUUUUUUACUUGAACACGUAAAUAGAUAUAGUUGUUUCUAUUCGACUGAUUCCUUUGCAGUCAUUAUUUAAAUUCUAAUAAUCUGUUCAAGAGCAAAGUGGUUAAUCAGUUUUAUUUAAUCGAGUAAUCUUCAAAUAAAUUAGCUCUAUCGUUAGUAAUUAUCCAGGGUACCAAAAUCAUUCGCUUAGAGUUUAUAAGCACCCGAUCACUUCGCUAGAAUCUAAUGAAUAUAUUCGUGAUAGGCGUAGAGAAAUGUUAAACGAUUCUAACUGUAGUACACAAACAGUAAAUGUUUUUAAAUAACUUGCCCCAUCGAAGUAGUGUCCAUUCUUCUAUAGGGAUGUUCGACAAAGAAAGGGAGGUCGUAUUAGAAUUAGCGUAAGUCAUGCCUGUGACGUACCAUGGCCCGUUCUUUACGUGGGAUGCCGUUUAUUUAGAAUCAUCGUCGACUUCGUUUUAACACUUGUUCCUGGGGCUAUGAGUAAAGAGGUACUUUCGGCUUUCUCUCUUCCUUGAAGGAACGCAGGUCACCAGAAAUAUUCCGUUAAAAUGGCUACUUGUUGUGCCUUCGAUUCUGUACUUGAUAAUGUUUCACGGAAUUUCGUAAAAGCUCACGGUCGUUUACACGAGCGAUUUUGUAUCGAGUAGUUGAGGGAAUCAUUUUUUUUUUUUCUACGCAACGAACAUUCCUGGUAUACGGAGGAAGAACGAUUAGUAUUGAAUUUCACUCGAGUAAUUAGCGUCGACUCAAGAACGUUUUCAACCAAUGAGAUUGCACGUUGCUCGUCACACGACAUAACCGCGCGAUUUAUCAAUAUUGCGUUUUAACUUUGCGACGAAGCAAUUGACAAAAGUGGGUGCCAAACGAACGAGAAGCCAACAAGAAUUUUGUACGCCACGCAUAAGUAGACAUUACGUAUACAUUGAAUACCUUAUUCGAUUCGAAUCGGUUUCUGGCAUCAGAUUUGGUAUUUACGCCGAGCACUUCGGGUAUCAGAGCGAUAUUCGGUUACGUUCAAUUCGAUCGAGCACACUUAGAAGUAAUUCUUGAGAAUUAGUUAUGGAAACGAUUCGUAGGAACUUCCUCGCAAGCUUGAAAAUAGAUCGAGAGAAUUACUGAGAAUAAUUCAAUUGGGUCGAUCAAAAAGUACUUGAUCCUAUUAAAUGGGACUCGAUUAUCUUCCGAAUACUUGACGCGACAAUUAUCGAAACUAAUACCAGGAACUUGGUUCGCUCUGGAAAACACGUUGAAGUAACGAAGAACCGUUUCGUCGGUCGCGUUAGUAAAUUUUUAUUUUAUACACUUUUAACCCCCCAAUUUUUAAAGCGUUUUUCUACAGUAACAACGUUCACUCGCUUUUGCGCCGGAUAGUAAACGGGAUGGGGGACACGGGGUUAAAAGGAACGUUUUCUAAAACACGAUUUCCACCCAAUUUGCUCAAAUGGGUACGUUCGAAUCCAUUGAGCAUUCGCAGAAAGACUGAAUACGUCUAAUUGCUUCUAGAGGAGACGAAGUUAAGAAAAGGUUUAAGAAAAAAACAAAAAAAAAAACAAAAAAGAUUAAGAAAUACAUAACGUGUUAAGCCUGUAUUCUUAAGCUGAGCUUUUAUGUAAGUCACGAUUAUCAAACUGAAGUAGGAAGAAGACUUUGUCGGAUCGUGUUCCAGGACGAGCGGAACCAGGGGGGUUAUGCAGUUCGCGGUUCUCGACUUUCUCUGCGAAGGAGAGCACGUGUCGCGAACAAAUUGUAUUUUGUACUUUUGUACGUUGCUGGCUCUAGAUUGGAACACGAUCUUACAAAAAAAAAAAAAAAAAAUUAAAAAACCAAAAAAAAGAAAAAAUACAAAAAAAAAGAACGAGAUUCUUGGGUACGUUGCAUCCGUAUGCGCGUGUUCGUUCGACGAUGCACCGAACAUACAUACGUUAAUUUAAAGAUAUCAUGUUCCAUUCGAAGCGAUGUUACACAUGUUCGAAGUUAAUACAGUAUUCUGUCGUCGGUACCCGUCUACCUGUGUGCACCAUUAUCUCGUUACCUGAUUUUCUGCCUGGAGAAUAUUUGUACGUUUAGCGAAGUGCGAUUUAGAGACGCAUUUUCCAACUUUAAACGUGGUAUAAUGAUCUAUUAACUGUUUGCAGCACGGUGGCUAGAGUGACCAUUUAGAAAAUGUCCAUCGAAGCACAGUGACCACUUUUUUCAACAGUUUGCACUAUCUUGCAGGAGCAUCACACUUUCACGGCUAUCCUUGCUAACCAUUGUUGCUCGAAUGGACCUUUUUAGGCGGAUACCAUAACUUAGCUAUUGUACUGCAAAGAGUUGAUGCUUGCAACACGCGUACCAGCCUUCAUUUAGAACGAUUCUAUCGAACGAAAGAGACGGUAGCGUUCCUAGCGAAACGAGCAAAUUCAAUAUUUUUUAUAUUUUAUUUUUUAGAAACACUGGAGUCACUGAGCGAGACCCACGAGGCAUUUAUUGUGGCCCGAGUUCUAAGCAGUCGAAACUGAUCGGAGACUUUCGAGCGUGAACCGUGUGUGCCCCUUUUGGAAAAGAUUUCUGUCGUUUGGCCAGCCGGUGAACACAAUGAUACCGAUUGUCUUUUUCCGGCGUGAAUCCUCGCUCGAACAUCUAAACUGUUUAGUAUCGGUGUGUUCAUUGAACCUCCUGCAUUUCUGAAUUGCAUUUCGAGUUAAUUAGCGUCGAUUAGGACCGGGACUACGUUCGAGAAUUCGUGUAUCGAUCGUGUAUCUGUGUUCAAAGUUUCGUUCUUAAACGUGUAAAUUAUUUUGUUGUAACAUGUAUCAAGGAAAUGAAUUUUUCUUAAUCAACGGAGAUGGAUGUUCAAAGAAUCUUCCUAUGCCCAAAACGGUAAAUGUGUUCUGUUUAGUAUACGCCAGACACUGUUUGCAAAGGGUUAAUAUUCCAACGCCCAAACAUUUAAAGUUUAUUCGUUGCAUUCGAACAGCUUCUGCUUUCAAGGUUUGUUGAUACUACCGAGUUCUAAGACCGACGGAUCCAUUUGUAAUCCUAACCGAACCGCCGUUGUUUUCCAAAAGCAUAUACAUUACGCCCAAAGGCUUCCGACAGUCGAAGCUGGUGUUUAUCCACGAGUCAAUUAGUGAACGGAACACGUUCGAGUUUUGGCCCGUUGACUUUCGUUCGACCAGAAUCGUUGGUGGUCGGUGGCGUUCUCGAGUUUUCUAUGUUCGUACGAUUAUCGAGAAACCGCUCCCCCGUUGUCGUUGAUCGCGCGGGAGUUUGAAAAUGUUCUGAAUGCGUGCGUGAGUGCGAGAGAGACAGAGAAACGUAUCCCCAAGAGCUAGAAUCCACGAGAGACACGGUGCUAAUCGAAAGUUCCAAAAAAAGAAGAAAAAUAUAACGCUCUUGGACCCGCGAGAGAGAACAAAAAAAAAAAAAAAAAAAAUCAGCGUCGAUCGUAAGAUUUCGUAAAAUCAAAAAACGAUCAAUUUUUAUAGAAAUCCGACGAUCGAUCUCGGAAAAAAAGAGCGAACGAAGAGGGGGAGGCAUUUAUACGCAUUUUCUGUUUUUUUUUUUUUUUUUUUAAUUUUUUUUUUUUUCUUUCAUUCCCACGAUAAUAGUUGUAAACUACAAGGAACCGCAGAAACAUAGUUAAGUGCCUACUCGUACGAAAACGAAAGGAAGGGAAAAAGGGAACCACAGUGAAAUUACGAACCGGUAGUAGCAUUAACGAUUUACGAUAUUAUACUACACUGAUACUAUACGCAGAACCCCUUGCCUUUUGGCAGAGCGUAGUCGUCGAGCAAGUGAAUCCUUCAUUAUCCGACAAUAUAUAAAAAUAGAUAAUCGUUCCAGUAAAUCUAUUAACGUCCGGUUGCCGGAGUAGAUCGGACCACGAGAUUACCACAGAUUCGUACAACGCUUCCUGUCGAGGUAGACACACGUUCGAACGCCUGAGGAUCCCGCGCAGCGGAGAGCAAAAUGGUCUUUGUAAUUUAGUACCGGUAGAAAGAACGACCAAAGGUGAGAUCCACGAAUGGCAAUAAUUAAAUGUGACUUUUUUAACAGAGUUCACGCACAGUUUAAGUUCCGUAGAUCCCGUCGAGAAGAAAUGGUUCCUGUUCCUCGGCGUCGAACGUGAGAAGUUAUUCGAGACACGACGAUCUAUCUCGACAGAAAGAAACGGACGCUGGGAAAUGCAGGACGUUUCGAAACUAUAGGUACAACCGAACAGCUCGAUAGCAUAAAUAUAGAAAUAAUAAGCGAAUAACUCCGAUAAGAAAGGUUUUAAAUGAUAUGGAGGAAGUUCCUUGGUACAAUCACGAAGAUGAAAUACAUCUAAUGAUCGUAAAAAAAUGUUUCAGUUAACCGGUCGAUGUUUGUGCCUGUAGUUUUAAAACGCUCUGCAUUUCUCGAAACGAGUUUUCCCAGUGAAUCGAGAUUGGGCAAAAGGAGUCUCGGUACUCGGCAACCGGAACACCUAAAGCUAAGAAUCGAGUUGCGCUCGUUACUGGCGAAAGAGAAACAAACAGAGUGAUCGAGGAAGAUCGAAAGGUAGAACGAUCUGGUUUUCCUCGUAGAGUAAUAAAACUGGGCAAAUGGUAGGAAGUUACUUCUCCCUGAAGCCUAAUUGCAUCCUGCGACUCGGCGUUUACAGUUAACUAUAUUUACGAAAUGUACCGUUGUAGAAGUAUAUCGAGUGGUAUUUUAAAUGUAAAAGUUUACGCGAGACGAGUUGGAAACCGAACAGGUAUAGAAGGUAGAAAGGAUUUUUAGACGAAGGGGGCGAAAGAAGCGAGAUGAGAGAACGCGGUGUGUCGCGGUACGAAAAGAAUUUUUUG